GUCAUGUUAAAUUUCAUAUCUGCUCUAUAUGUUGCUGUGUCUGACUGCCUGGCCCUGGACCAAUGGGUUUUGGCUCCACUACUUUUGACAUGGUAGAAGAGAAAGGAAUGAAACAGACGAAACAAUGGCAAACGCACCAUGACUGUCCUGCACGCUCUCCUCUCUCUCCACUAGAGGGCACUACCACGAGCAGUCCAUUACUAUGGGGGACCGCACUUUUCAGGCUCAGGAUACUCCUUCGCAUCAGGGACAUUUCUAUCCUCUGGCCAAGGGACAGAAAUCUGCGCAGCAUUUCUGCCAUGACCCACUGGAGUCCCUGGGUCACCUGGAGAGUGUGGCAGAGGUCAGCGGUUGCCACGGCAAACUGAACAGCUGCGCGGCGAGGGGUGACGGCGAGUGCAUGUCUGAGGACGGCGCCGGGCUCAGCCGCUGGAUCAAUCCGCCGCUCGGCCACGCGGAUAUGGGCGCCGUGGCUUUCGGGGACGGGCCGGAUCAGGGCAAGCCGUUUCGUUCAUCAGAAGACCCGUCCGAGUGGCGCUCCGCCUACCUGCACCACGGGACCUUUCAAGGGGCAGUCGGAGACUGUGAGCAGAAACUGGACUCGUUUUCGGAAGCAUUCCCACGGCGAAAUGCCUACUUGUUUCAAAACGGGGGCCGGGGGGUGAUCUUCACCUCGGGCUGUGGAGCUGGGAAAGUGAGCAGCCCCCCAGGUGCUCCGGCCACCCCCACGCCCCCUACCACCCACCCCUCGCCCCUCGUCCUCUGCUCUCCUCCCACCUCUCUCUCGCUCCCCUCCCUCUCACCAUCCAAGAAUGCUCCUCAGUUCCCGACUGCGCAGACAACGCCGUCUGCGCAGCUGGAUGUCACCUUCAGUUCCUCCUCAUUCUCCGCGGGGCUGCAGCCUUACUACCUGUCGCAUACGCACGCAGGCCACCUGCCUGGCACUGCCCUCGCUGGGAAGUGCCCUCCACUGCUCUGGCUGCAGCAGUCAGGUCACCCAGCUGGGCAGGCAGAACCUUUCCAUCCACAGCACCAGGAGAAGGACUCCGACCCCUCUCUGAUGUACCCGGGAGAGACACAGUUCCUGCAGAAACACUCUAUACCGUCUCACCAGGACGAGUACAGCAUCCCAGAUCACUGUAACCUUCAGACGCCUCUCAGUUCUCCACCAGAGCAGUACCCACAAUCCUGUGUGUCUUUCCUGCAAGAUCCUAACCCAGCGCCCCCUGCUGAUAACCCGGCAGCCUGGCACCUGGAGACAGCAGACAGAGGGGGGGGCCAGCCCUGUGCCCCCCUGUCCACAGCCCAGUGCUCAGUGCCGCUGCUGACCUCCCCACCAGCUGAAGGCAUUAAAGUGGGGGAAGAAGCCAGGCCGUAUGUGGAGUCUCAGUCCACUGCAGGCUGGUCUCAGUGCUCCCUGGACACUCAGAGCACGUCCCCUUGCAUCUAUACCGGAUUCUCCUUCUCCAGCAUCCUCCAGGUCGGAAGAACCCUGGAGAUGGACUACGCUGGGGCACCCCCCCGCUACACCCCCAGCCCCAUGCUGAAUCCCCUCCGCAGGGGCUCGGGGCUCUACUGCAGCCUGCUUCCCUCCUUGCAUCUCCGGCCGGGACACCAGGGAGGCUUCUGGUCUGCAAGGGAGGAAGACUCUCCACGGCUUCCGCAUGUGAACGUGGGUCCGCAGUUCCAGGCAGAGCUGCCCCCGCUGCGGGACAGAGUUGACAUUGACACCGGCCCUGCUGAAACGCCUGGAGAGACACUGCUCUGGAAACCCUGGGUAGAGCUGGAGGAGAGUGAAAACAUGCAGGAACAAGUGGAGAUUUUUUUGGACCUGUGCAGUUCCAGUGCUGUGCCAGGAGGUGGCACUAACUUAGAGCUUGCCUUGCACUGCCUCUCCCAAUGUCAGGGUAAUACUAUGGCUGCUGUGGAGAUGCUAUUAUUGUCUACCCCUUCACUGUCAGGAGACUACCAUUACUGUGGUAGUGACGUCUGGAUGCUGAGUGAGCGACGACUGUUUAAUAAAGCAUUCGCCAUCUACAGUAAGGACUUCAACCUGAUACAUAAUAUGGUGAAGACCAAGCGUGUGUCCCAAUGUGUGGAGUUCUACUACCUCUCCAAGAAGCUUCCGGAACAGCAGAAGAAACAGAGGGAGAGGGAGAGAGGGGCAGAGGGAGAUAUGAGCGGCACGGCGGACAGCGGUGCAUUACCGAUCUCAGAGUCAAUCCUCCGACCACCGGUGAUGGAUGGCACAGUCUCCAGCAAUGCCCUGGCCACCAGCUUUCCCUGUAAACAGUGUGGAAAAAUGUUUUAUAAAAUAAAAAGCCGUAACGCCCACAUGAAGAUCCACAGGCAGCAGCAAGAUGACUGGAGGGAGCGGGACCAGAACACGGUGUUCGCCCAGAACCUCACGCAGGCGCGGCUGGCUUUCCUGCAGAGCCCGAACAGCCACGUCGGCGGCAUUAGCAGCCCCAACCUCAGCUCCUCUGGGGUCCCCCUCUUUGGCCCUCCACACCCAGUGUGGGACCCCUUUGAUCUGACCUCCGAUUCCAGCACCUUCUAUUAUGACUCAGAGGGGAAAGUGAUGCUGGGUAUGACAGGGGGGGCUAAGGGACAGAUUCGCUGGGAAUGACCACCCUUUGGUACAGACGCCCUAAGGGAUGCAUAUCAAUGCAUGUUCAUAACAGUAUUUUCUCAGUUUAGGGCAGAUUCUGUGGCUCAGCCGCUCCAGACUGCACAGUUAAAGAAGUAGUAUAUGAAAUAUGUGAGCUUUCAGAAUCUAUGAAAUACCAUAAAUUAUGUAUUAUCUGUGCUGUAGAAAAGGUAGGGAAUAACAAAUACAGCACAAAUACUGCAAAGUGAACAGUGCCUGAAAUAGCAAUCUAUCAUUUGUAAGAACAAUCCAUCCUUCUCAGAAAUUAAUUACUAUUAUUUUAGUAGAGCAGCUUUAGACCCAAGGUAAAGGUAAAGAUUUAGAUGUCCAGAGUGGUCAACUCUCAUUGAAUUCUUAUUAUUAUGUUCAGUAUCUACAUUAUUUAUUAUAAUGUUUGUAACGGAUGGCUUUAAAUAAUUUUGGUAUUUCCAUUGUCGUUAUGUUCUAUUGACUGGCAGCUUUAAAUGGCACAAGCCUUUUGUAUAUAGCAACAUUUUUAAACAUUUACUUUGUAUUUUUUGUUAAAAUGCCAACUGGUUGGUGGAAAAAAGAAACUUUUUAAGAAACUUUUGUUCGUUGUUACAUAACUGUGAUAAGAAAAACCAUGUACAGUCUAGAAUACUAGAGGUUGUAUUUUACCUUAAACAUGACAUCCUGAGAACAUGUAUUUUCUUGAUACCUGUAGAAAAAAAAUAUUUAUUUUAAAUUUUGAUACAUAUUACGAAAAGAAUUAUUCAUUAAAUGUUCUAUCCCAACAA